CGGGCUGGCGGCGGUGCAAGGCUGGUGCGUGGGGUGCAGGGCGCCGGGAGGGCAGCGGAGCUCGCGGCCCGUCUCAUGGAGGAGCCGGAGCUGUAUGGCAUUGAAGAUGAGUUCGAUCAGCAGUUUGCAGACGAGCUGGAGGUGCUGGCAGAGAUGGAAGAUGUCCCAUCUCAGCCAUCAGCCCCCAAAGUCUCCCAGCUCCGAAGCAGAAAACAGACAUUUGAAGAAGCUCUCACAGCCGGGGAUGUGGUUAAGGACUCUGCUGCUCUAAACUGCCAGCCAGGCCAGGAAAAGGACUCUCAACACCAGACAAAUGUCAUGGAGAGCCCUGGAGCUAACUCUAAGAAGCGGCAUCUAGAGCGUAUUCUGCAUGAAUCUGAGGAGGAGGAGUGUGCGGAUAGCUUGCCCCCUCACCAACCUCCUGCUGUUCUCACUCCUAAGCCAAAGCGACGAAGACUUGAAGCCGUUAAGAAGCUGAACUUUGGUGUGGAGGACAAAUUGGCCUCUCCUGAUUUCCCCCAGGAUAACAUUACCCCGCCUCCUUUCCCUGGGGACUGCUCCAGACCGCAGAGUGCCAGGUUAACAGGGAGUCCAAAGUUCCUGAGCCCAGAUAGCCUGGAAGUGAGCGACAUGGUUCUGCUACGCAUGACACCACCCCUUGAAAAGGACCCGAAACGGGUUCUCAAGCGCCCACCCAUCCUGGAGGACUAUGUCAAUGUGACUUCUACUGAUGGCACCAGAGUCUUCAUGGUUCUGAAGGAAGAUCACUCCAGAAUUGGAGUGGAGCUCCCCAACUCUCUGGGCUGGAACUCACAAAGACCACUUCAUUUACUGGGGGUUCCUUUUUCCUACCUAAAGCAGCAAGUGUCUGAAGAGCGUCGGAGGCGGGUUUUGGAGGCAUCGCAGCAGCUGACCGAAAUAUUAAACAGUCACCUCCAUGGAGAGGCUGAAAAUGAAACUUCUGAGCCUAACGCGGAAACAGACGGUGCUGAUGAUGAGGACGAAUCUGUGCUGCACUGCCUGUGGGUCGACAGAUUUACUCCUAGACACUACACGGAGCUGCUCAGUGAUGAUUACACAAAUCGCUGCCUUCUGAAAUGGCUGAAGCUGUGGGACGUGGUGGUUUUCGGGAAGGAAAAACCCGUGAAAAAAGCAAAACCGAGUGCUGACGCCCACCCUCCAUUCAAACAGCCCAAGGAGCAGCAGAACAAAUGGAGAAGUAAGGCACAAUUCACAGAAGAGAUUCUGGAAGCUGACCUGGAUCAACACAAGAGACCCAAAUACAAGGUGGCGCUGCUAUGUGGCCCACCAGGUUUGGGGAAGACCACGCUGGCCCACGUGAUUGCCAAGCAUGCAGGAUACAAUGCAGUUGAAAUGAACGCCAGUGACGACCGCAGCCCGGACAUAUUCAAAACGCGGAUUGAAGCUGCUACUCAGAUGAAGUCCGUGCUGGGGGCCGGUGAGAAGCCCAACUGCCUGAUCAUUGAUGAGAUAGACGGUGCGCCAACUGCUUCUAUCAACGUGUUGCUAAGCAUCAUCCACCGUAAGGACACGGAGACCGAGCAGGCAGCUAACCCUGGCGGAGCAGGUGGCAGAAAAAGGAGACGGGAAGGUGGCAUCUUAUUAAGGCCAAUCAUCUGCAUUUGCAAUGACCAGUAUGUCCCCUCUCUGAGGCAGCUGAGACAGCAAGCAUUCCUCUUAAAUUUUCCUCAGACUGCCCCCUCCCGGCUGGUGCAGAGACUGUACGAGAUUGCCGUCAAGCAGGGCAUGAAGGCAGAUACAGGGGCGCUCACGGUGUUGUGCGAGAAGACAGAGAAUGACAUCCGCUCGUGUAUAAACACCUUGCAGUUCCUUCAUGGCCGAGGCAAGAAAGAACUCAGCAUGAGGAUGGUGCAGACAAUGAAGAUUGGCUUGAAGGACCAGAACAAGGGGCUUUUCUCCAUCUGGCAGGAGAUCUUCCAGCUUCCAAAGGUUCAGAGACAGAGGAUUGGAAUGGACCCUUCCUUGCCAAAUCAGAUCCUCCUGGGAGGUGAAGCUGACCUGUUAAACAUAUCGGGGGGAAGAGCUGGUCUUAACGCAUCCACCCAAAGGUUCCAUCACAUCCUGCACCUCACCACCUCUUCUGGGGAGCAAGAGAAGCUCACUCAGGGCCUGUACGACAACUUCCUGAACAUGAAAUUAAAGGAUUCCAGUUUCAGCGCGGUGUGUCUGGCUCUGGAGUGGCUGGGCUUCUCCGACAUAGUCAGCAGCACCGUGAUGCACCACCAGAACUUCCAGCUGAUGAGAUACCUGCCCUUCCUCCCUGUUGCUUUUCAUCUGCUCUUUGCUGCUUCCAGCAUCCCCAGACUAGCCUAUCCCAACAGCCAGUACGAGGCUCUGACCAAACUGAACCAGAUGCAGAAUCUUGUGGCGUCCAUGAUAUCGGGGAUCGCGCCCAGUUCUCGGAGCCGCGCGGGGCCGCAGUCUCUCAUCCUGGAGGCACUCUGUCUGCUCUUAGAUAUCAUCUCCCCAAAGCUCAGGCCGGCCCUAGUAGCUGCGGAGGCUGGGUCUGACUUGGGUCAGCAAAUGCUGCUCUUUUGCACUGGCACCGGAGAGCAAGAGGCUCUGUCCCUACCAGCCAGGGGGAAAGUGACAAAACCCUGUUCGGCGUCUCUCACUCCAGCCCACAUGGACAUUGCUCUGGUGCAGGCCCGUACAUUGCAGUCGCUGAGGAGUGAAGGCCGCUUUCUCCCUGGAUGACGCAUCUCUAUUCAGCAGCUCUUGUUUUGCACAGGGAUUGCUGGUUUCAGUUACCUGGGCACUCAGUUAGAUGUCAUGGUGGAUUUUCCUUUUGGCCUGCUGAGAAGGCUCCCCGCUUCAUCAAGUACAUUGUGUCCCUAAUAGGAAACUCGUCCCCCGCCCCUCUCACUGCUUUAAUCCUGCUGGGUAUUAACUGUCCUCCUUGUAUCAGGGAAAAAAAUCUACUUCAUGUUGUUUUUGUGUUUAAAGGUUUUACAGAUUAAUUGCGCUCGUCCCUCGGUUAACCUCACCUGUGUUCCAGGUGCAUCCCCCAUGGUCGAGAAGCUAAGGCUGGGUUGUUCGGUGAAGGUCUUGUAACUGGUAUUGCUAGGAUGCCGUGCUCUUUGCUUGUAUUUCAGCUACGCAGUGACAGAAAGCCCAGUCCUGCGAGGUGGCGAUUGUUCCUUUAUGCUCUCUUGUUGAGCAGAUCUUCCCCUUUCUGGGGGGCUCCUCACUCCCAGCUGCACCAGAUUAGGAUCAUCCUGUGGACAGAGCACCUGAAGCCAAGAGUUAAAAGCUCUCAGGGAUGCUCGUUGCGACCCAGAGUUAGCAGCGCUAAGGCUGGGUCCCUGUAAAUUGCUGGCACGUUCUGUCCUUUGCACGUCUGAUGGCUGGCUUCGACCAUUCACCCAGAGGAAGAAGGAGGGGAGUGGUCUAGUGGAUAGGGGGUUAGGUUGGCACACUGGAGAGCCAGGUUCAAUUCCUGGCUCUGCCACAAA